AUGGCAAAGAAGAUCCAACAAAAGAGAGCGGAGGCACAACAAAAUGAGAUAGCCAAUGAAUUGGAUAUGUACUUCAAUGAUCCACAUCAAAGCCUAACAUAUGAGGGUUUCAAUCUUUUGGAUUGGUGGAAAGGAAAUUGUGCUCAAUAUCCAACUCUUAGUAAAGUUGCUAAGGAUGUAUUGGCCCUUCCUAGUAGCACCGUUGCUAGUGAGAAUGCUUUUAGUCUUGGUGGGAGAGUUGUUGAUCCUUUUAGAACUUCCUUAACACCUAAAACGGUUGAGGCUUUAGUGUGUACUAGUAAUUGGCUUAGAGGAAAGGAAUUUUGUUUCUACAAGGAGCCUACACUUGACGAAUUCCAUUUCUACCAAGAGCUUGAACGCUUAGAAAGAAGUACGGCUAAUUUGGGAGAUGAUAAAACAGCGCAGCGUCUUCUCCUCUGUUCUGCUCUGAGCUCUUCACAGUUUGCUUUCAUGGCUUCCACUUACUGCUACUCACUUUCACUCCCUCCCAUCCCCAACCCACCAAACCUCAACAAAAUCCAACUCCUACCCACCAACCUUUACACCACGAACCCGUUUUCUCGCUCCAUUGCUACAAUCCGGAGCCCCGGAAUCCGAGCUUCCAACUUGUCUUCUUCCACCGCAGUCCAAGAUGAAGCUCGAAAGCCCAGCGAGGAAGCAAUGAGCAUCGACAAUCUUUGCGGCUUCGUUAAUCUGAACGUGGGAAAUUGGCAAGGUUCCUUCUUUCAAUUUGAUACUGUUGGGAAUCUGUUGCAUAAAGUGAGUACAAAGCUUGCAGCUAGCUCUUAUGGGGAAGAUGAACUCAUCAGUCUCAUUCAAACAUUAUAUAUUAAACAAGCUCCAUCAAGCACUUCAUUUUCUGAAUUAGAUGAGGAGGUGGAGUGGGCGGAGUACAAAAUUAAAGAAACGAACAUGUUCACGGUGGACAAGUAUCAGCAGAUUGGCUUCUUCCCCAAUGAGAAAGCAUUUUCGCUAAGGUACCAGACGGCUGGCAUGUUAGAAACAGUGCUGAGACAGGGCGUUCUUGGGGAAGAUGACGCCGGUGAAGAAUCACCAAAAAAUCUAAAGCUCCCUUCCCAUCGUCCUGCUAUUGUAUGUGAAAGUUGUCUGCAUUCACUAGAGAAGGAUAUGCGAGUAAGAGCUUUCCACAUCAUGGACCCUAAAGGCAUUAUCGAAAUGAUUCUCAUCUUCCUGGAGGAAAGAGGAGAUGGCGCAGUUCUUCCUCCUGCCCUCGACAAUAACGUGGAAAACACAGACAGGAUUGUGCCAUUUCUUGGUACGUGGAAAGGUCACUCCGUAACAAAACGAAGUGGUGUUUAUGGAUCAACAAUGGCUGAAGCUGAUAUAGUAGCAACACUUGAGAUGGAUGAUAACGGCCACGUUAUUCAGGGCAUCACUUCCACCUCCGCUGCGGGUGAUGUUACAACUAAUGUGCCUUGGACGGGGAUCAAGUCGGACAACUUGAUUACUUUCAACGGAGGUUAUCAGAUGACUCUAUUGCCCGGAGGCAUGUACAUGGGAUGCCCGUGCGAGGUAGGAAACAAUGUUGCAGAAUCGUUGUCGUUCCAUUUGGAGUUCUGUUGGCUUGAGGGACUUGGCAAGAGACAGAGACUGGUUCGCACUUACGAUGUUGAAGGUCAGGCCGUCUCCACAACUUACUUCCACGAGACUAAAAUGUGAUCACUCCAUCUCCACCGUAGAGACAUACCUUUUGAAAGGGCAAUGGAUUCUUCCAUCGAUGGUUUUGCACCGUUCUUUAGAACCCCCAUUUGAUGAGCCAAUUUGUAUUUGCCUGAAGCCUUGAAGUAGUUGAAGAGUCGAAAGUCUUGAGACAAUUUUUGUAUGUCAUUUUGCCAUUAAAAGGUAAAUUUUUAGAAGAAAGGUGAACUUGUCUAUGAAUCUUUCCCAAUAUGUCAAUUCCUAAAGGAAAUUUACAUUA